UGAUUGGUGAGCUCGUGGGGGCACUCCUCAGCAAGAUGGCUGCAUAGCUGCGCGCAAUAGUGGCAUCCUGGUGAAGUGACGCAAGCCACGGUUUACGCUCGGCUCACGGCUCUCCAGUCCUCAUAGCGCAGAUCCCGCCCGACACGCAGCCGGAAGACCGACCGGUGCGACCCUCCAGUGGACCGAGCCCACCCGGUUCAUCUGAGUGAGAGUGCGAUGAGGAGAGGUUUCCGAGUGUGAGGCCAUGGGCUGCACCUCGGCCAAGCAGGUGUCCGCCGUGCCAAACGAUGAGGAGGGACGUGGCAAGGCCUACAGCAAUGGGGACCUCUUCACUGAUGAAUACAAGAUGAAGGGAGUGGAGGAGGUGAAGUACAUGAGAGGGGAGGAAAACCGGGUGAAUGUACGCAACCAGGAGAACCUGGAGAAGAGCAAUGCACAAUACAGAGGGAAGCAGCAGAAAGAGGUGGCUGCAGCAAACAUCAAGCCGACUAUUCACACGUCAGAGAGCCAGCAGGAAUUUUUCAGGAUGCUGGAUGAGAAGAUUGAGAAGGGUAGAGACUACUGUUCGGAGGAAGAGGAGGAGGAAAUUGGGACAUAGCACAGAGGCCCCCCAACAGUCAUCCCCAUAGAGAGCCUCACUAUGCGUGCGUGUGUGUGUAUGCGUGUGCGCUUGUUGAUGCGUGUGUGUGUUGAUGCGUGUGUGUUUAUAUGCGCCUGAGAAUGAAUGAAGGAGAGAGUUAAAUCAGUGUUUUUCCCAGUGGGGCGUCGAUACGACAGGACACUCAGUGGUUGGUAUAUUUUGAAUAUAAGGCAGAGAUAUUACUUUAAACACAUUGAAAGAGUUUUUGAUGUACGAGAGAGAGAGAGUGUGAGAGAGUGAGAGAAUGGGAUAAAGAGAGAGACUUUUUUUGGAGACUACGACCCUCUGAGCACCUCGCCCCGUCAGGCCCCUGAGUGGACGGAUGGAGGAGCCCGAGUGAUGACAAGACGGAUGAAAGGAAGAGUUGAUGGCGGAGGACGUGAUGAUGGAUAGCGACUCGUCAUCAUGAGCGGAGGAUCUGGGUCAACCGGAGUCAUUUCCUCAAACGAGACGAGCGCGGCCUCGCCACCCCUCUCAUCGGUCCCCCCGGACCCACUCGGCCAUCCCUCCUUGUCUGUGGUCUGCUCCUCAGCGUUCACCUCCUGCUGCAGGAAUAAGGAACUCAUAGACAUGAAGGCCACUGGUGACUGGCCUCUUGUCGAGUCUGUGCAGGACUGAGAGACACACAAGUGGGCAAGAAAGAAAGCCUGGGGAGGAAAUAACUGCAGAAAGAAGACGACUUAUGUAACACCUUCAGCAUUCACACUAAACCUUUUGGCCUACCUACAAUCAAGUUGGACUGGGCCAUGAAGGCCUGAGGGAAGGGGUACGGGAGGGUGCUUCAGAAGGUUGGCUGGUGUAUUUGGGGAUAUUUUAUUAAGAAAGAGUAUGGAGUGAGCUGGUGAUUUCAAAACUCUAAUCUCCUCCUGACUGUCAAGGACCUUUUUUCUUAUUGUGUUCUGCAGCCAUUCGGUUAUUUCUUCCCUCUUCUGAUGUCCCCCCCCCCCCCCCGGUCUGUUUCGCUCGCGGCUUCCAUUGUGCAUCUUCGUCAUCAUCAGAGUCAUUAUCAUCCUGAUCAUCACAGCAGGCAGACUGAAGCAUUUCUGUCUCAACCCAACCCAUCCUCAUCGUCAUUUUACCAGAACAUUGCAAAUCCCAGCACACACACACUCACGCACACACACGUACAUGCAGUUGUUCAUUGUAUAUAUGGCGACGCACUCUCAUUCCAGCACACCUCUGCAUGUACGCACAUACACACACACACACACACACACACACACACACACACACACACACACACACACAUUAUUGUAAACCCAUUCAUUUCACCAGCAGACUGCCCAGUUUAUAGUGUCGGAGGUUUUUAAUGAAACGCCAUAUUCCUACUACUGUGUACACACAUACACACACACACACUCUGGCACUGAAGAAACAAACUGGGCUGAGCUCGAGGGGAGGAUUCAUGGUUGCUGUGGAGACAGAUCUGAUCACUUUUUUUUUUUUUUCAUCCUUACUGGAGACUUCCUGUAUUAUUUUGAAUACUUUUUUUCUAAAUAAAGAUGAAUAAACAACC